AUGUCGUGGAUCAGAGAGGGCGAGCUGACCAUCAUAGAGAGGUUUUGUGCCAACAUCAUUAAGGCAGGCCCAAUGCCCAGGCAUGUUGCCUUCAUCAUGGAUGGCAAUCGCCGCUACGCCCAGAAGUGCCAUGUGGAGAGGCAGCAGGGGCACUCCCAGGGCUUUGAUAAGCUGGCACAGACACUCCGGUGGUGUCUGAACCUGGGCAUCAGGGAGGUCACUGUCUAUGCCUUCAGCAUUGAGAACUUCAAACGUUCCCAGGAGGAGGUGAAUGGGCUGAUGGAUCUGGCAAGGCAGAAGUUCAGCCGCCUGCUGGAGGAGCAGGAGAACUUGAAGAAGCAUGGAGUGUGCAUCCGUGUCCUUGGGGACCUGCCACUGCUGCCCUUGGAUAUCCAGGAGCUGAUUGCCCAAGCUGUGCUGGCCACUAGGAACUACAACAAAUGCUUUCUGAAUGUCUGCUUUGCUUACACCUCGAGACAUGAGAUCAGCAAUGCUGUCAGGGAGAUGGCCUGGGGGGUGGAGCAAGGCCUGCUGGAACCCAGCGACGUGUCGGAAGCGCUGCUGGAUCAGUGUCUGUACACCAGCAACUCCCCUGACCCAGACCUGCUGAUCAGGACCUCCGGGGAGGUUCGCUUGAGUGAUUUCUUGCUCUGGCAGACAUCCCAUUCAUGCCUGGUGUUUCAGUCAGUCCUGUGGCCAGAAUAUUCCUUUUGGAACUUGUGUGAGGCUAUCCUUCGGUUCCAGAUGAACUACAGUGCUCUGCAGAAGGCCAGAGACUCCUACAUGGAGGAAAGGAGGCGACAACAGAUGGAAAGGGAUCAGGCUUACGUGACACAGAAGCUGCAGCAGGAGGGGUUGGCAACCCACGGAGACUCUCGGCACCGCCGGACGCUGCUGCAGAAGUGCACAGCCAUGAGGGAGCAGAGGAUCCAGGGCUUCCUGCAGGCUCUGGAACACAAGAGAGUGGACUUCUUUGAGAGGUUGUGUCCAGUGUCUGCGUGACACAGGU